UUUUUUUUUUUAUCAAAUGGAACAAUCUUUAAAUGAAAUAGAACCAUUAUUAAAUGAUACACGAAAACAUUGGUUAUCUCGAAUACAACGAUGGCUUCAUCAUCAUAUUCUCUUGUCAGUGUCUGUGAUCCUUUUUUGUCUCACCAUAGGAUGGCUGAGUUUCAUCUUUUGGUGCCUUCCAUCUGUACAAAGAGGCAACAAUGGAUAUCAUGGUCAUACGGUAUUUGGAACUCAUGGAGGUGUGGCUGUAGAGGCUGAAGAAUGCUCUAACGUUGGUGUACAAAUAUUACAACAAGGUGGAAAUGCCGUUGAUUCAGCUAUUGCUUCUGCUUUAUGUAUUGGUGUCAUCAAUAACCAUGCUACAGGAAUCGGUGGUGGUGGAUUCAUGUUGAUACGAUCACCUAAUGGCACUUAUGAAUUGAUUGACUUUCGGGAACGUGCACCGGCAAAAGCUCAUCAAGAUAUGUUCGUCGAGGAUCCUAUGCUGGCUCAAGUUGGCGCGUUAUCUAUUGCGACUCCUGGUGAAAUUCGAGGAUUUGAACUAGCACAUCGAAGACAUGGAAAACUAGAGUGGUACAAACUAUUUGAACCUGCUAUUCAUAUAGCUCGUUAUGGAUUUGUGGCAACCGCAUUUCAAGAAUCUCGUCUUGAAUUAGCGGCUGACUGGAUCAUGGAAUCUCAAGUAUGGAAAGAUAUCUAUGCACCCAAUGGCACUUUGGCAAAACAAGGCGGUAUUAUUCGACGACCAGCGUUAGCAAAUACACUUGAAACAAUCGCAAAAGAAGGAGCCGAUGCUUUUUACAAGGGACCAAUAGCAGAACAAAUGAUUCGAAUGAUUCAAGAAAAUGGAGGAAUUCUUAGUAUGGAAGAUCUGGCAUCGUACAAGGCAAUUAUUCGACCUACCAUUAAUACAUAUUAUCAUGGACGAAAAGUCACCACGGGAACAUCACCUACAAGUGGACCAAUGAUAUUAUCGGUUUUAAAUCUUUUGGAACGAUAUAAUCUUCGUGUGCAAGGGCAAACAGCGCUAAAUAUACAUCGAUUACUGGAGGCUUUCAAGUUUGGAUAUGCUUUUAGAACUGAAAUGGGAGAUCCUGAUUACCUUGAUAAUGAGGACCGAAUGCAUCAAAUCAUCUCAAAAGAAUGGGCUUCUCUUGUUAGAAAAAAUAUAUCUGAUGAAAAAACCUUUGAACCAUCCUAUUAUCAACCAAAAUACGAUCAUAUCGACUCUCAUGGGACAAUGCAUCUUUCUGUAAUAGAUGAAAAUGAUGGUGCGGUUGCUUUAACAUCUACUGUGAACCUUUUAUUUGGAUCAAGACUGAUGGAUGCAGUUACUGGAGUGAUCUUCAAUGAUCAAAUGGAUGAUUUUUCCAUUCCUGGCACGCCGAAUAUGUUUGGGCUUUCUCCAAGUAAAAAUAAUUAUGUUGCACCUGGGAAACGACCUUUAUCUUCUAUUACACCUGUGAUUGUGGAAUAUGAUACAUCUCUGGAAUUGGUGCUUGGAGGCUCAGGUGGAUCUACCAUUCCAACAUCAACAUUGAAUGUAUUAUUAAAUGUAUUGGAUUAUCAUAAGGAUUUAUAUGAAGCGACUGAAUCUUCACGAUUUCACCAUCAGCUUAUACCUAAUUUGGCUAUUGUGGAAGAUGAUCAAGAUGUAUUUUUGAUGGAAGCAUUAAAGGAUCGUGGACAUCAGGUAUUAAAAAAAUAAAGACUCAAUACUCAAGAUAGGGUUUCAUUUCAUCUUUUUUUUUUGAUUUAGGUGUUUUUGCUACCUCCUGAAUGGCAUAUAUCUGCGGUUCAAAGCGUUCAAAGAUUCCCUAAUGGCAAGAUUGCUGCGGUGAGUGAUCCAAGAAAACAAGGUCUGGCUGCUGCUUAUUAGAUAUAGAGAGUGCUUUUUUUUGGAUGUUUGACAAUAAAAAAGAACAGGACGCAUGGAUCUUUUUUUUUUAUAUUCUUUAUUUGUUUAUACUAUAUUGUAAUUUUGAAUGUACAUGAAUAAACCCUAUUUUGUA